AACUGCACCAUUUUUCAAGCCUUCUCGACUAUAAAUACAUACUUACUCUUGCUAGUGCUUGCUACUUCACAAGCUCCUUCUUGAAAAACAUACAAUUAGCAACUCCCAAAAGCGAAGAUGAAGCUUCCCUUUGCAACAAUGCUACUCUGUUCCCUUCUUCUUAGCUCCUCUUUCUUGGAGCUAGCCAUUGCCUAUCAAGAUUCACCGGAUUGCAGCAAAAAAUGCUCAGAUAGGUGCUCUGUGGCACAAGUUCAAGACAGGUGCCUCAAGUACUGCGGAAUUUGCUGCCAAGAGUGCAAGUGUGUUCCUUCUGGGACAUAUGGGAACAAGCACGAAUGCCCUUGCUACAGGGACAAGCUUAACAACAAGGGCAAGCCCAAAUGCCCUUGAACCAGAGAAUCCAUGCAUGCAUGUGUAUUUUGCUGUUCUGUUUAGGAGUUCACUGAGUUAUUUAAUUAGUGUUAUCAUUAUGCCAAUUUCCAAAUAAUGUAUGUUAGUUGUUAGAUCUGAAGAGGAAUAAAUUUGACAUCAGUCAACGAUAGAGCAUUUCUGAGUUUGACUAUUGAUCCAGUCAGUGUUCUCCAACUUUCACACAAAAAUUAAACAAGGGUUUAUGAGUUGCA